GGCGUGUCCCGGCGCGGCCGGCAGGUUUGGGUGUGGAAGAUAUAUUCCUGUGAUCUCCUAAAGUCACCUGUCAAACGUGCUGAGCAAGAGGGAGAACCUUUCUUUAUUCCAGUUGUGCAUGGACUGGAGAGGAGGAGGAAGCAGCAUUGUUUGACCUGAGCUUCUCAGGAGGACGAAUCAAAGUGCCCUGGUUUUGCACCCAAGAUGGAGAGAACCUGUGAAAGCUGAGAGCACAAAUGUUUGUUGGUUAUGAAGAUGAUGAUGAUACUGACGUGUAUGAAGAUGAACUUUAUCAUGAGGAGUCAUCCAGUGAGCAGAGCAUUGAUAGUGAGGUGGAAUUUCAUCUCUACAGCCAGAUCCACUAUUCCCAAAAUCUUGGAGAAAUCAGCACGCUGGAAAUGGAUGAAGAAGCUGAUGUUUCGAAAAUCACAAGUCAUAGCUCAGUUCUAAAUGAGAAACAAGACAAAAAAAUCACUGAAUCUGUUGGUCAUGAUAUUCUGCUUUCACAUGACCCUGAAGUCAUUGUCUUGUCUGAUACACCAGAUGAAGACAGUGUUUACAAAAGCAAAACAAAGAAGUCAUCAAGCUCUUCAGGUCAAGUUAAAGCACGUAUCCAUCCAGGAUCUUCCACACCAAGUCACACUGAAGCUACUGGAUGUUAUACCCCUUAUGCUGCUGGAUCAGGCAGAGACAUUUCAAGGCAUAAGAAAAGCACUAGUGGGAAACUUAGCCCAGUUAGUUCUGCUAGAGGUGAUGCCAUCCAAGAUGUGCUGGUAAUAGAGGAUAGCUCAGAAGAGGAGAGCUUCAUAUCUGAAAGUGAUAAUGUUGAGAGCUGGAUGCUUUUGGGAGCUGAUACAGAUGACAGAGAUGAAGAUAUAAUCUUGAACCUGGAAGGCUGUGCAACUCCUGUCAGUGAAGGAGAAGUUGAAGUGGAUUGGUCCAUCAGUAAUAAAGACUUAGAGGCACAGAUCUCCAACUAUGCCAGUGUGAGGCAUACCAGUAUGCGGUACUACUCAGCUGAUAAAAAUGUCACCUGCAGAAAUUGUGGUCGACCAGGUCAUUUGUCCAAGAACUGUCCUGUUCCAAAGAAAGUUCCCCCUUGUUGCCUAUGUGCAGAAAGAGGACAUCUACAAAACAGUUGCCCUGCUCGUUUUUGUUUGAACUGCUGUUUGCCUGGCCACUCAUUCAGGGAAUGUCGAGAGAGAGCCUAUUGGAGUAAACAGUGCAAUCGCUGCGAUAUGAGGGGGCACUAUGCUGAUGCUUGCCCAGAAAUAUGGAGGCAGUAUCACCUAACAACAAAGCCAGGACCAAUCAGUGCCGCUCAAGCUCUGUCCAAGCGCCCUGCUUUAGCAUACUGCUACAACUGUUCCCAGAGAGGACAUUUUGGACAUGAGUGCAUGGAGAAGCGGAUGCAUGGGAGCAUGUUCCCUACUUUACCAUUCAUCUACUGCUACGAUGAUGAAUACGAGAUCAAGAAAAGAGCAGGCAGAUUAAAAAGAAAGGCUGCAGAACUACAGGAAGCUGGCCUUACACCAGAACAGUCAGAGACACCUUGGCAGGAAGAAAAACAUGUCGAGGACAGCCAUAAGAAAAAGAGCAAGCCUUGGAAAGAACACAGGAAACAUAACAAAGAUGGCGAGUAUCACAAAAAGAGGAAGAUGUCCUGGGCAGAGAAACACAGAGAAGAGAAACACAGAUAUGGUGCUGAAGUUGGCCAGAAUUUGGAGGAGGACUUCCCUAGAGGGUGUAAAAAGCAAGCACUGAAGGGCAGCAAAAGACAUCACAAGUCCAUUUUCCAGGCAUUGUCAGGCAGUAAGACUGCACAUGUGCAGGAGGAAAGGAGGAAGAAAUGGAAAAAGAAAAAGGGCACUAGUCCUGAUAUGAAUGAUAAUUUAUUCCUCAUAAAACAGAGGAGGAAGAAGUCCAAACAGAAGUCCUGGUGAUCAGGAAGUAGAUAGGUGGCACCAGCAUUUAUUGGCUCCAGCUCUGUUCAGACCUUCUGUUUAUUUUCGUCCCUCUCUUAGCACACUCGAGUCCAUGCCUGCACCCAGACAGAUGUGCCCAGUCAGUCCCCCAGAGCCCACCUCUGUUCCCAGAAGGCAGUGCUGUCUCUGUCCCGAGCUGCCCACCUGACAGGUGGGACUUAGUGCUCUUGCCUGGACUGGCUGUACACAGUCCCAGAAUAGGCUGUAAGUUUAUUUUCUUUGCUUGGGGGGAAAGGGUAGCAGGGGAAGGGGAUUUGGUAGGUUUUCUUUCUUCAAUGGGGAUAUAUUGCUGCACCUACCAGAGUGGGAUCUGCUUUGGGAGCUGAUGCUGGAGAGGCUCUCAUUUAGGGGGGGCAAGACAGUAACCAGGGACAUGGACAUAAAACCACUCAGUCCUCUCAACAGUGCAGCUGGGCACUUUUCACUUCUGUCCCUGCUGCAAGGUGCUGCGAAGUUGUUGCCUUGCCCUUUGGGACAUGACAAGUCUCCUGCGGUGCUGCAGUGCAGUGCUGUGGGUCUGUUACCCUCAGUGCCACAGCUUUCGGUGCUGAGCUCAGCACGAGCUCUACUCCCUCUCUCUGCCCACCAGUCAGCAGGGCAGGAGAGAGCUGCUGAGAACAAAACAGAGUUUACAUCUCUAGUUAAAUAUGUCCUUGUUGCCCUAGACAUGGAAGUUGUUUCUGGAGAAAAGAUAGCAGGAUAUGACAGGAAAAACCACCAUUUGAUUCCAGACGUGCUAAAAUUUAGUAACUUUUUUAAAGACAGUUAUUUUUGUACACUGGAAUUAAACAAGUGUGUUGUUAAAGCUUUGCAAGAAUGAAUGCUUCAUUGGAGGGACGAGCCAAAUAAAACUUUGCGUGGGGGAUAUUAAAAUUGUAGGUUUGUUCUAUAAUUUCUUGUA